CGAUGGUCUUCCUUGUUUUUACUUUUAGACCACGAUCUUCCAUCGUUAGCCCAGGCCUAGAGUAGAGGUCAAGAUCCAGUAUUCUGUAUCAUUCCCCCCCCCCUUCUUUUCCUCAAUCGACAAACAUUCCUUCGGUCUGAGCAUGCGCAUGAAGACUUGACCUGACAGGGAUAGUAAAAUGCCUAAAAGUCACGAUAUUCAGUCAUCUUGUUUAAAUCGGGAUCAUCAUAUUAUUGAGUCAAAAGGAGCUGAGCUGAAUAGGGUCAGUGUUGGUCGAAGCAAUUCUGCUCCGCAAGCACAAAAUAGAGCUACCAAGAUCAAUUCCAAGCCAAUGAUUCAUUCCCCGUUAGACGUUUCACCAAAAUCGCCACAAACCAAUGGAAGCAAAAACUUGCCCAUCUUAUCUGAUGGUAUCAUUCAUGUGAACCACAACCAGGCAGCCCAGGCAGCUGCUACUGUCUUAUCAUCCCACGAACUUUACACCAACAGCUCUUCACCUCACACAUCUUCCACACCACUGUGUGACUCUCAUCACUCACCUUCAUCUACAAAACGCUACUACCAGGAAUCUGAGUCAAUGUUUAACCUUGAACCCCAGCCAGAUGAUGUGUGGCAAAGAAGAGACAAAUUUGCUUCAUCACUCGGUCACUCCGUAGAAACAGAUUCCCCCACUAGGAGGAAAACCAACUUAGUCAAUAAUAACACCAAAGAAAGCCAAAUAAUAAACUCACAAUACAAUAUGGCAUCAGAUGAAACUACACCUGAAUUAAUCAAAGUUACCAUAGACUCAGAAAUUGCUGUAAAUGGAAACGCAGAUGAAAAGUUAAGUCAUUCACUAAGUGAUACAGAGCAGAUUGAUAAUGAAAUGAGGAAACACACACAGCGCUAUCCCUUUAGGCAAGCACAGUCAGUCAUUCUACCCAGUGAGAUGGAGAGGAGAUUGUCUUUGGCGCACGUCAAAGAAAAGGGAUAUGCAAGACUUGAAGAGGAGUUAAUGAAAGCUCAAAAGGCUUUAGAAAUGAAAGAUGAAGAAGUGGAUGAGCUGAGAGGAAUCAGAGAAAGGCUAAUGAAAGAAGUCAGUGACUUCACUGCUUCACUAUUUGAGGAAGUGAAUUCUCAACUUAAUACUGCUGCCCUUAGUGAACAACAAGCAAGAAGACAACUACAAGAAGCAAACACCCAGAUUGAGGUGUUAUCCGCUGAAGUGGCAGCUCUGAAGGACUUGGUGCUUACGUCAACUCCAAGCAGUCCAAAUAAGCAUCUACAUCCUCAAAUUGAUACACCAAAGAAAGAAAAGGGGGGUAAACCAUUUUGGAAAACACAUAGGAGAUCUACAAGCCACCACCAGUUUACCAAGGAGUCCAGGGAAAAGGCUGAAGCCACCCAGCAUCAUUCACAAUUAAAAGAGAUGGACACUGUAGUAUUUGAUGAGUUUUCAAGAUGGAGAUUACAGCCAACUAUGGAGUUUGUUGGCCAGUUUUUUACAAGGGUACAGCAGGAGGAUAUCCAGCCAUGUCUCAAUUUUAAAAACACUAAGCUUGCAGAUAAAAUUUUAGAAAGUGUUAAAGGCAACACAUUAUCUAUAGAACCUAUUCCUGGUGAUCAUUCUUAUCCAAGAAAGUGUUGCCUUUCUGAAACCCAUAAGCUGUGCAACUAUAAAAUAAAGUUUGAGGGAGAUGAUGAAUGGUAUUCAAUAUCCCAGAUGUCACGAAACAGGAUAGCAGCAGUUUGUGAUUUUUUCUCAUAUCUCCGUUACAUUGUGCAAGGUUUGGUCAAGUGUUCAGAUAAAGACAUGUAUGCUGAACUUGUAAGGCUCAGAGAACAAAUGGCCAUGGCCAGGCUUGGUCUAAUCUAAUCUCAUCAAAUCUCUCAUGCGCCCCCUCUUGUUGAAUCUACUGUGCCAGUUGAGACAUUACUAAUGAUAUUAACUCAAGAUUUUUUCAUGCUUGUAACAUCAUGUACUGUCAUUGGAAGUUCAUAUUUAGUUUGUAUAGUCAUACAAAUCUGCAUUGUAUGCUAGCAAACAACUAACAUUACAGCAAGAAGUCAUUUUUCUAUGCUAUUACUUUUAACUAUUUAUUUUAAUACUUUAACAACCUUUCAGUGAAUGAUUAGCAAAGUUCUAAUAUUAGCUUAUAU